CGCCAGAGUCGCCGCUUCAAAAAGUGCUUGGCGUUGGAGUCCCGGCCCGGAUGUCUCGCUUAUGUAACCGUUUCCAACUCCACUCGCCCAGUCAUCAGAAUCGCCGGUGAUAGCACUCUCCGACGCCGACACGAUUUUCCCGCGACCUGGAGAAACACAACAUGACGGAUCCAAUUGAUCCCCGCUUGCAGUACGCUUCUUCUCUGCCGCCGCGCACCCUCGCGCAGUCCUACACAGCGGGACCGCCGCUCCACACCAGCCCGACGCCGUACUAUCUCCCCACUCCGACCACCGUAUCCCAACCCCCGCAGCUAUCGCAGGCCCCGCAGAGCAACCUCGACCCGGCCCUCGAGCAGACCUCGCCAAAUACUGUCCACGACGUUUCGCAUGACGAGGAUGACCACGAAGACGGCGACCAUGAUGGAGCUCACGAAACUCCCGGCUCCGCCAGAUCGCCAGCAGACCUCAAGCGACCCCGUGCCUGCGAUUCCUGUCGCGGACUGAAAGUUCGAUGUGACCAAGAUAACCCAAACCAACCGUGUAAACGAUGCGCAAAGGCAAACCGGACAUGCAUUACUACACCUCCGACCAGGAAGCGCCAGAAGAAGGCGGACAGCCGCGUUGCCGAACUCGAGCGCAAGAUCGACGCCUUGACCGCAACAUUACACGCCCAAAAAGGCGGCCCCCAGGAGAUUCGGCAUCAUGGAGGCAUCCCGGAGUAUGAAGGCAGUCACAAUGCCUUUCCGGAAGGCUCAUUUCGCUUGGGCACGCUCAGCCAUGACUGGUCCAAUGGUCAGUCAGGUCAGAGUCGAUAUCCGGAUAUCCCGCCGGGCUAUGGCCCAGCGCAGAACAUACAGCGGGGUCCAGAGCCGAAGCGAAGGAAGUUGGCUGAUGGAAAUAGUCACCCCACAUUAUCCGAGGACAUGGAGAUCAUCCACCACGACUUAGCUGAACAUCCCGAGAUGAAGCGCACCAACAAGAAGGGGAUAAAUGCGGACCACUCGUACAUCAAUACGCUGAUCGACAACCUGAUGACCCCCGAAACCGCUGAACGCAUCUUCUCCCGAUACGUCAACGAAAUAUGUCCGCACUUUCCGGCAGUACCUCUACUGCCCGGCACGACAGCACGGGAAGUUCGGGAGAAAAAGCCGCUGCUUUUUCUCUCUAUACUCGCCGGAUCAUCACACGGAAGUACCGAGCAGCUUGUUUCUCAAGACGUCCAGCGAGAAUUAACUAAGAUGCUAAAGGACCAGUUUGCCGACAUUAUUUGGCGCAACGGCGAGAAGUCGCUCGAGAUCGUCCAAGCGCUGCAAGUAGGUGUGCUGUGGUACCGACCGCCGCUGCACUACGAGCAGCACAAUUUCUACAUGAUGGUAAAUUGUGCCGCUGUUAUGGCCCUCGAUCUCGGUCUUGGGCGGCGAAAUACCCCAACGGUCAUGAAGCUUGCGGUUGGACCCUUCAAGCGAUGCCAUCCGAAUGCCAGCAGCAUCGAAGCUCGUCGGACGUUUCUCGUAUGCUACUACCUUUGCAUGAGUAUCACAAUGGUUCUUCGACGGCCCAUUCUGCUGCGAUGGACCAAGUACAUGGAGGAGAGCGUGAAGAUCCUCGAGACGUCUCCAGAAGCGUUGCCCUCAGACAAGAUCCUCUGUCAACACGUUAAAAUGGCUCAUAUCGGCGAGAACAUUUCCUCGCAGUUCUGCAUGGACGAUCCUUCGGUGGAGGUGGCCAUAUCAGAACCGAAGGUCAUCUAUGCUUUAAAGAUAUUCGAGAACGAGCUUCAGCAGCUGAGAGACGAGGAUGCGGCGGUGUUCCAAGAAGUCGAUCCUGCCUUGCGUUUAGCAGAGCAUGUCACGAAUCUGUACGUGCACGAGAUCGCUCUACAUCAUAACCAGAGCGCAGCCGAUUUCCAGCCUCCGUUUCCCUCGGAAACCUUCGCCUCCGGUGUUGGCAAGAAAGAGGCUAUUGGACCGGCACACAUAGGUGCUCUCGGCGAGUGCCUUACGGCAACCCAUGGUAUCUUGGACACAAUUCUAAGUGUCCCGCUCGACAUUCUCCUGACACUGCCGGUCAUCUUCUGUGUGCGCGCCAUUUACGCCAUCGUCUGCCUCAUGAAGAUGUGGGUAUCUGUCACAAGCUCCGGCGAAGUUGGCAGCAUCAUCAAGAAAGAGCAUCUUCAAAUCGAAUCCUAUACCGAGCGCUUGGUUAACAUGUUCAACGCCAUCGUGUCUCGCGAUGCACAGUCGCCACACGGGAAGUUCUACUUUGUAGCCAAGCGGCUUCAAGACCGGUUCGCGCAUAUCAAAGAAGGCGCUUCCAAGACCGAGCAGUCAUACGAUCCCACCGACGGCUCGCGAACGUCGGCGGGCAAAGCCUUGAAAUCGCAUUCGCGCUCGCGCCAGUCCUCCCAGAACCAAACUCCACUCCACCUCCUAUCAGAGGUAGCGAUGGGUAGCAGCAACACGCCUGCCUCCCAGCCGCAAUCGCAGUCACAACAACAGCAGCAACCCAAUAUGCAAGCUCAAGCACCACAGCCGCAGCAAUCGUUGCAAGGCUUCUAUCCGGGAAUGCCUACUCAGCAGAGCACUACGGAUUUGGUGGGCAUGCCGCAAGGGAACUUCGACCCAAACUUCGACUUCACGCAGUUUGACCUCAGCACUGGGUCUGAUGCGGAUUUGUCGGCACUCUUCAUUCCAGAUAGCAUGCUUUGGAAUUUCGGGCCAGAGCCUGUCAUACAGGGUUAUCAAAAUUUCUAGGUAUGAAGCUAGGGUUGAGAUGCAGAGAUUAUGAUGUAUGAAUAUGUAGUGUGAUACUAUAUCUUUAGGGUGUGAAGGCCCUCAGGCUGGGUUACGAUAUGUCAACGCUUGUCAUUCAACAGCGGGUGAGGGAUGGCAUAUCUAGCAGCAUAACUAUACUCAUUUCU